GACUCCUCCCUUAGUGCCCUUAAAAGACCAAUGCAUCCUUGGAGGAGCAGGCAGGCACCCUGACUUCUACCAGGAGAAGGAGCAUUUUGAGGGGCAUCUAUACACUGUGGAGCUCAAGAUGGUCUUGAGUGGGGCACUGUGCUUCCGAAUGAAGGACUCAGCCCUGAAGGUGCUUUAUCUACAUAAUAAUCAGCUUCUAGCUGGAGGGCUGUAUGCUGGGAAGGUCAUAAAAGGUGAAGAGAUCAGUGUUGUCCCCAAUCGGUGGCUGGAUGCCAGGCUAUCACCAGUCAUCCUGGGAGUUCAGGGAGGAAGCCAGUGCCUGUCAUGUGGGACAGGGGAGGAACCCACUCUGAAACUAGAGCCAGUGAACAUCAUGGAGCUCUACCUCGGCACCCAAGAGUCCAAGCGCUUCACCUUCUACCGCCAGGAUCUGGGGCUCACCUCCAGCUUCGAAUCAGCCACCCACCCUGGCUGGUUCCUCUGUACAGCGCCUGAAGCUGACCAGCCUGUCAGGCUCUCCCAGAUCCCCAAGGAUUCCCCCUGGGACACCCCCAUCAUGGACUUCUACUUCCAGCAAUGCGAUUAGGGCACAUGAUCCCCAAGACUUCCAGGGCAGAGUCAGCCCAGGCUGGGCCAAUGGGGUGAAGGAGGGGGCCUCACAGUGGGUAACCCCCAACUCCUGCUCUUAGGACUCUUACAUCUGACUUACAGGACACACCAUCUCUCUCUCUCUUCUCCUGGCCUGUGUUUUGAAAAAUUCUUCUGAGAUUUAGGGCUCAGUCUAUAAAUUCCUUCACAUUGGGUGAUACUACUGACAGGAAAUGUGGUAAAAACCACAUGGGUAAACUGAGGGCAACAUUAAAACUAACAGAGGGAAGGAGGGGUGGGAGUCCUUCAUGCUAAAUGGUACCCAACCCAAUGCCUAGAUUCCAGCUGGAGUUCCAAUCAUUCCCCUUUGCAGGAGAGGAAGGUGAUCAUGGAGUUAAGGACCCCUUUUACCCUGCCAUUAUUUGCAGCCUCCUCCAUCUCUCUGCCUCAUCCUCUGGCCCUGAGGAGAGAGGGUGGUGGUGUCAGAGAAAAUGGUUCCAGUUCAGAAGUCAGAAGAUGGGCAAGCAUGCCAUCCCUUUUUUUAAAAUUUGGUACCAGAAAUCAAACUCGCAUCCUUGUGGUUUCACAGCAGGCAGCAAAACCACUGAGCUAAAUCCCCUGCCUGCCAUCCCCUUUUGAAACCUAAGGCAUAAGGAAAAUCUCAGAGCCUAGUCUCUACUCACAUGGAAAGAUGUUUAUGAUACAUUAAGGGAGAAGAGUGUGUUACAAAGUAACAUGUCUUGAAACUUCAUUUUAAGUUUUAAAAAAUACGUAUUGGUGUAUUUAUGCAUAAAAAUACUCUGGAAGAUUGUAAAUUGUAACAAUGUUUGGUGGUGGGACUAUAGAUUACGUUUUCUUCUUGUUCUUUUUAUCUGCAUUAUUAAUUUUCUAUAAUGAAGGUGGAUUACCCGUGCAAUAAUCAGAAAAGAAAUUAAUCUUGAGGUAAGCAAAGCAGACAUAAUUUCUAACUGUCUUCAGUUUCCACCUCCCUGGAGUGAAAUGCAAACUGAAUUGAAUGUGGCUGGUCCAGGUGGGAGAAGUGGGGACCAGGAAAGAGAUCCUAGCAAAGUCAAUGAAGAGAAUGAAAUGGAUUGUGCAGCUGGCAUCAUGUGGGUAUGGGAUUUAUUUUUUAAAAAGCAAAAAUCAAACAAAAGCAAAUAUAAUUUAAAAAAUCUCAUGCUUUGCCCUGGAAUGGUCACAGCAUCCCCUAGGAUUCCAGGCAUGAGAUCCAGCAUCCAGGAGGGCUGCUGUACUCACUGAACAAUGUUCUUCCCAAAUUUUUGUCCUUCCUGGAACCUCAGACUAGGAACUCACUUGGAGAUAGGGCUUUUGCAGAUGCAAUUAGUUAGGACCAAGACAUGCUGGAUUAGGGUGGACCUACGUCCCAUAUGACUUAGGAAGAGGAGAUAGAGACACAGGGGAGACACAGGAAAGAAGCCUACAUGAGCACAAAGGCAGGGGUUGGAGUUACACUGCCAAGGAUUGUGGCAAACACCAGAAAGAAGGAAGAAUUCUUCAUAGAGCCUUCAGAGGAAGCACAGCCCCGCUGACACUUUGAUUUUGGACUUCUAGUUUCCUGAAUUGUGAGAGAAUAAAUUGUAGUUUUAAGCCAA